CUAAAAUCGGCAACCGUCAAAGACCAACACACUCAGCAUCUCAUGCGGGCCACGCUUCUCGGUGACGGGAUAUCUGUCUAUGUUCCUGUAUUCCCCGCAUAUUUCCAGACUGCCAUGUUAAUGCAUGUCGUACCCAGCCUGCAAUAAGCUGGGCCCCGUCUUGCAUGUCGCUAGUUGGUGCGCGCAAAGGGAGCCAGGAACCAGCUUAAGCCUGCAAUGACGGACUUUACCGAGACGUGACGGAAUCGUUUCUGUGACGUCACAAUCGCAAGGCCGCCAUUGCCUGAGUAGCAACCAGUUUCGCAUCAGUUGACCGCAUAAGCUCUGCCCAAAUUGUCUUUUCUCUGCGUUUCCAAGUAUGAACGAGAUCCAUCUACCCGAUUUUCAUCAUCUCCAGAACGACGGGGAACUCUUGAACCCUUCUCGUUUCUGGGUGGACAUAAUGAAGUCCCGGGUAGGCAUCAGCAAUUCAUACGCCGAAAAGCUGCUCGACUGGUGUCAGGAUUGUAGGACUAAGCUUGGCACUGUCAGUCAAGAUGAUUGGCCUCGACUAACAGGGGAGGCGUGUUGUCUGAGCACAAGGCCUUGAGCCGGGAACUUCUGUCCCUGACUGAGAGACACAUGGUGUGCCUCAAACAUCUUCAGGAGGUGAAGGAGAGCGGAAUAAUGGCCAUGGCUGCCUCUCGUAAUUAUGAAAGGAGAAUAAGCGAGCUGAAGGCUGAGCUAGUGAAAGUGGGGGAAAGGUCCAAGACGUCUCAGCAAAGUAUGCUGGAGAAGAAAGUCCGGACUCUGGAGUCCAAGCUGGUUAAACACAAUCAGAAGGAGCAGACCCACAAAGCCCGUUAUGAGUGCCUGUUGAAAGAGGAAAGCGAGCUUGUGAACAGGCUGAGAAAGACCUCUGACCAUGCAUGUCAAGAAGCAUGUGACCUGCAGAAGAGUCAGUUGGAGUCCUUGAUCUCCAGUCUCAGAGACUUUGUUGUCAAGACAUGCUCGCCUGACAACGGUGACAGGAGCAGCUUCCUGAAGGCGGCCAUUGAUGACAUAGCUGUCGAUGACAUCAUCAAUGCCACCUGUGAUGUCACCUCACAGAAGUACAUCUUCCCAGAUGUUCAGGCCUGGCAUGGGAAGUUUGGCUUCUUGGAGAAAAUUCCAACCCCGUUCGUCCGAGCAUCGGAUGUGGCCAUUAGACGAGAUCCAAAGAAAGGCCUGACUGAGGAGAACCUCCUGGCACAAGAAAUCAUGUCAGCCAUUGGCCAGCCCGUUCACAGUCGCAGACGCUGGAUCUCUAAGUCUAGUACCAAGAAUGGUGACAACGGUGACUUCAACAACAACGAAUCUGUUACUGUCAUCUCAAAAGCUGCAGUGGAGGAGGACGUGAAGUAUCUGGAAGACGUGUAUGUGCGCGUUAUCCGCCCCUUCAAGCCCACCCACCCUGAGCACCUCCAGCUGAAUCUGGGCAUGCGUAUCAAGCAAAAAUUCCCCAUGGACGUACGGGGCAUGUCCUUUGGGUGGUGUCGGCGUGGGCUUGGGGGUCGGAAGAAGCGGCAUGGAUUUUACCCUGCAGAUCACGUGAUCUUGGAGAACUAGACUUUCAUUUCAUUUCAGUUGUAUAUGUUGUAAAAACUUUAUUUUCUACUGUGAAUACACAUUGAUGAAGGUGUA